AUGCAGGCGAGCCGUGAGGUGCCUCUGCAGCCUGCCCCGAUGGCCUGGGGGGCGUGGGCUAAGGUCCCUUUCGAGGCAUGCAACGGAGCUUUGUGGCUCCGCGAGAAGCUCUCGCAGUUCCGGUGCAGCCCGGAGUCCAGGCUUGAUGUGGCGACGCACUCGCUCAAGUGUACGGUCCUCAGCUGGCUUUCGCGUGCCGCGUGCCCCACUGAUUUGCAGCGCCGGGCCGGGUAUCACUUGGCCGUUGGGGAAAGGAAUCCUGCUGAGUACGAACGGGACGGGCAGAGUGCCGUGCUCCACUUCAUUCAGGGGGUUUAUCUUUGCAUUCAAGGUUCGCUUUUCUUCCCGGAUUCGGAGCGCAGUGCACGUUGGUCUGGGUGCAGAACCAUCGAGGAAGGCGUGAGGGUGCUUGUCCGCGGCAGGGCCGAGUCCGUUUUGCCAAGGACCUCCGAGGAUGAUGGCCAGAACGAAGCAGAGGCCCAGGUUGCGCGCAUCGGCCUGGGAGUGGCUGCAUCGCUGAAGGAGGAUGUGCGCGUUGCGUUCCGCCACAAGGUUAGCAGCGUGGUGCAUCUUGCAAAGGAUGAUUCCCCUCCCGAUGAAGGGGAGAUCACUGUGUUCCGAUGUGGGAGACAGGCCAAUCACAAUUAUGAGACUGUGGGCUGUCUGGGAGCAGGGAGCGAUGGGCGCAGUCAUGUGCAAGAAAAGUCUUGCGACAACUGCAUGUUGCGUGUGAAGAGCAAGGGCUCAGACGAUGGUCAGUUGCGGCCGAAGGGCACAGCUGGCAGGGCUGGACUGUCAGGGCAGGUCGUCAAGAAGUUGAAAUCCUUAGGAUGGUCGACUUAUGCGACCUUUGCCUUUAGCGUCCUGGACCAAAACGACGAGAAAGCCUGGAUCGAUAAGGUUCUCCAGCCUGUCCUUGGUGAUGAUCGAAGCGACGCGGCCCGGCUGCGCAGGAUGUUCUUAGAAGCCUACACCCAUACUGCAGCUGACUUGAAGCGUCAGACAGAGCUCACAGAGCAGGACGCGCCCCGCAGAUUGCCACCUCAGGAGCUGGAUGCACGCCUGGCCUUGCUGCAGGAGAAAAUUUUGCCGCUGAAGAUCCAGGGUCGUUUAGAGCCCUCGCAUCACCUCAUCAACACUGUGUGUCAAAUGGUGGAUGAUCAACGCAUCCGCUAUGUGCCUUGGUCUGCUUGCACGACGCGAGCGCAAGAAAUCAAUAGUGUUCGCGAGGUUGCAUCUAUGAAGGUUUGGCAGCCUGACAAAAGUGGAGUGAUAAAGCAGGUGACGCAGGGACCCGACAUCCAGGCUUCGACGUGCAACGAGCUUGAUGUCAUGCAGGCCCUUCGAAGGCGGGGCGUUGCUUACGCCGUGGGGCAGCUCAUGUCGUUUGCCAGCCACGAGCUUGUUAUAGCCAUGUUGUUUGAUGAGUUGCAGCGUGAACCUCAGCCUGGGUUUCAUGCCGUUUCGUUGGGGCAGAUCGCACAAGCGGAUCGGGAGAUACAUGUGAGGCUUGGGGAAUUGACCCGAGGGGGUCUGUCCCUUGGGCCCGGCGGCGAGUUGCCGCUGGAUCUUCCUCUGCGCGAGGUCCUUAAGUCCCCGGCGGUCAUGUGGCUCUUGAUGCCUAAGCUGAAGCAGGGCGCGACCCCUUCGGCUUCGUCGGUCGAGGUGCCGAAUCCACCAGGUGAUCCGCCAAAGAAGAAGAAGAAAAAGAAGAAGACGGAUAAGAAGACGGAAGGCGAAGACCCAGAGGGGGAGCUUGCACAAGUGCUGCCUGUGCUUUGGGGCUCAUCCGAUGCUGGACUGCCCGAGGCGCAAGACGUCGUGACUAGACUGCAUGUUCUUUUCGUUUUCCCGGCCAUUCGCCUACUGACUAUUUUGGCCAUUCAGCGAGUUUUGCAACUUUUGCCCAGUGAGGUUGGGGUGCGGUCCUUCACCCGCUCGUUCCCCAAUGUCACGCAGUUGCUCACACGGUUUGUGCAUGCUCAAGCCCCGGGGCGCAUCUUCGGCGCCGUGGCGUGCUUUACCAAUUUGGCUGCUGAGUUUCAUUGCGAUGUGAAUAAUGAUUCUCGCUUUAAUAAUUGGGUGUGCCCGUUGUCGCGGUUCCAGCAAGGCGGCAUCUGGGUGGAACGUGAGGGUGGCCAUGUGUGCAAGUUCGCUCGGGGCAAGGAGCGAGCCGGGGUCGUCCUCGAUGUGUCCCAGGGACCCGUCGAGCUGCCAUCGCAUUGCCUGCACUGUGUGCUGCCCUGGGAGGGCGCAAGAUGUGUCUUGGUGGCGUUUGUUCCGGCCGCUCUUGAAAACCUGCUAUCGGCAGACAGGGACUUCUUGAGCUUCAUGGGAUUUCAUCAGCCUCAAGCUGGUGUGGUACCCUCCGAGGCCGCACAUCAGGUGAGCAUGCUCCCCGCCGUGGCAUUUUCGGAGCCCGCGUCGACUUCACCCGUGCUGGCAGUG